CCGCCAUCGCAGCCCCCGCAGCCUCAAUCCCACCCUCACCCCCAGAACCAGAACCAGAACCAGAACCAACCGUCUCCAACUCAGCAGAAUGCAAGCCCCCCUCAGAAACUCAGCCCAUCUCCAGGACAUGGCCUUCCGUCGCAGCUCACGCCACCCAACCCUCUGCAGCUGGUUAAUAAUCCACUAGCAAGUCAGGCUGCAGCGGCUGCGGCAGCAGCAGCCAUGGGCUCCAUAGCAAGCUCACAGGCCUUUGGCAAUGCCCUCUCCAGUCUUCAGGGGGUCACAGGUCAACUAGUUACUAAUGCACAAGGACAGAUAAUCGGGACCAUCCCUCUGAUGCCAAAUCCGGGGCCAUCGAGCCAGGCAGCGAGCGGCACUCAGGGCCUCCAAGUGCAGUCGAUCACCCCCCAGCUCCUGACAAACGCCCAGGGCCAGAUCAUCGCCACGGUCAUCGGGAACCAGAUCCUGCCAGUGAUCAACACCCAGGGCAUCACACUCUCACCCAUCAAGCCCGGCCAGCAGCUCCACCAACCCUCCCAGACGUCAGUGGGGCAAGCAGCCUCCCAAGGCAAUCUUCUGCACCUGGCUCACAGCCAAGCAUCCAUGUCUCAAAGCCCUGUCCGGCAGGCUUCUUCCUCCUCCUCCUCGUCCUCCUCUUCUUCAGCUUUGAGCGUGGGCCAGUUAGUCAGCAAUCCCCAAACGGCCGCGGGUGAGGUGGAUGGGGUUAAUCUGGAGGAGAUCCGAGAAUUUGCCAAAGCUUUUAAAAUCCGGCGCCUGUCCCUGGGCCUGACGCAGACUCAGGUGGGACAGGCCCUCAGUGCCACAGAGGGCCCGGCGUACAGCCAGUCAGCCAUCUGCAGACACACCAUCCUGAGAAGCCACUUUUUCCUACCACAGGAAGCCCAAGAGAACACUAUAGCUAGCAGUCUGACAGCCAAACUGAACCCUGGCCUUUUGUAUCCUGCCAGGUUUGAAAAGCUGGACAUCACCCCUAAAAGUGCCCAGAAGAUCAAGCCGGUGCUUGAGCGGUGGAUGGCUGAGGCUGAGGCCCGCCAUCGAGCAGGUAUGCAGAACCUGACCGAGUUUAUCGGGAGUGAACCGUCCAAAAAGCGCAAGCGGCGCACCUCCUUCACACCCCAGGCCCUUGAGAUCCUCAAUGCCCACUUUGAGAAGAACACACACCCCUCCGGGCAGGAAAUGACCGAAAUUGCCGAAAAGCUGAACUAUGACCGGGAGGUAGUUAGAGUUUGGUUCUGCAAUAAGAGGCAAGCCCUGAAGAACACAAUUAAACGCUUAAAACAGCACGAGCCUGCGACAGCUGUCCCCCUGGAGCCCUUAACAGACUCUCUGGAAGAAAACUCCUAAAGGGACGCCCACCAGAAUCCGAGGCAAACUCCGCAGAAACUAAGCUCCAUCCUUGGGACUCCACCAAUAGACAAAGAAACAAACAAAUACGUAAUAAAUUAAAAAUAAAAUUUUAAAAUAGCCCUCGUCAUCCUCCUUAUCAGUAAAAGACUAAGAAACCUACCAAGUGGACAGAGUGGUUUAUACAUGUCCAUUGGUUUUCCAAAAAAAAAAAAAAGAAAAGAAUUUGUUUUUGAAAAUUUUUAAACAAGGAAUGCAUCACACUGCAGGUGUGUGUGGUAGGCUCGUUCCCUCCCCCACCUGUCUCCCCACCGCCAGUUUUUUAAUGGACUAAAAGCGAACCAAAUAACCACAUACUUUUUUCUGUAUAGUAUGAAAAUGUGAACACAUUUUAAGGAAAAAGAAAAACAAAACUAAACCAAAAAAAAAAAAAACGAAAAAACACACACACACAAACAAGAAAUACCAACAACAAAAACUUUGAUCUGUUCAAAGCGAAUACAAGCCUGCCACCUGGAGGAAGGAUUGCGUUCUUUCAGGUUCUAAGUGCUGAUUCACUAUGAAACCUAUUAACCAAAGUCAUUGCCAAUGCGAUCGUCCGUCUGCUCUUCUCUGCGUGUCAAGUUGUGUUACAAAGUUUUACGUUUGUACUUACUGGAAACCUGGGAAGCUGAUUUCUCCCAUCUUUCCCAUCUGUUGUCACCUAUGGAGUGGGUGCCAUUGUUGAAGCCAUUCUGUGAGGCUCACUAUUUGCUUUUACUUUGUCUGGACAGGGUUCUUUUUUCUUUUCUCUUCUUUUCUUUUCUUUUUUGUUGCUGUUGUUGGGAGAGGGUGGCAUCCUGGAUUGUGUGCCAAAGCAUUUGUUGCUUUCUUCUCACUAUGACUUGUGGGUUUGAGAAAAGAAAAUGGAGCUUGCACUUCUCUUUGUUCCUCCAUCUCCCAUCUCCCUCAUACGUGGCCUCCAGUCUGCUGGAAGGCCGCAGGGUGGGGACAGUGUCUCUUCCACUCAGAUCCUAGUGACAUGCAGGCGAGACUCCAGAAUGACUAGGGCUUUGCUCGAUGAACUGUCAACAAUGGCAUAAGCUGUCACUGUGCUCACUGUCCACACCAGAGCUUGGGAUUUUUCUCAGUCUGUCGGCCACGUACAUGGAGAGCUGAUCAAAACUAAUUUUGUAAUAUAAACAAACAUAAGCUGCACAUUUGGUUCAAUACUUACAUCUGUGUUAUGCUUCUGUGCAAAGCAAUUUCUCUCAGAAGUCUGAUAGCCAAAGAAAUGUCUCAAGAUUUCAGUCAACAUACACACGUAGCAUGCACACACCCACAUGAACACACACACAAAGGAAAUGGGCCAAAAAAGAAAGAUAGAGUGACUGGAUCUUUAAAGCCCAUCAUGUACCCUGUAAAUCCCACCUUUUCUGCUACUUCUUUCAUUCCAAUAGCAAUGGCAGACUUUUCUCGGGGGGUGGGGUGAGUGGUCAGUUAUUCUUGGAAUAUAUAAAUGAAGCAGAAAGUUGGCAGACAAACUUAAACCAUUGGAAUUGGGCUCUGGGUUCUUGAGGGGAAAAGAAGUUUUAACAAUGAAGUGCCUCCUCUCAAAGGAAAAAUACACAGUGGCUUAUCUACCACAUCAGAAUAGCCUUCACUAUUAAAACUUAGGGAUUAUUUCAUUUUUCAAAAUAAGUUACUCAAAAGAUCUGUGGGCCAAAAUGACCUAACAAGCCAGAGGAGAAGCAAGAUGAGAGGAUGGCUGUGCACUGAGCACUUGAAGCCUGUGGUUGGUAUUCUCUACAGGUACAGGCAACAGGUGUUGCGUUAAAGGAGCAGGGAAAAGGAAACCAUCAAUAUGCCUGCUGUAAAAUGUAAAUAUUACCGAAUAAUUCAUUAAUAAGCAUGCCCAUGCACUCUCUACAAGUAAAUUGUAAAAGGAAAAAGAGAAAGCCCAACUCAAGCUGCCCAACUGAUGAGAAAUGCCAUGUUCCCUCCCUGAUGAGGGUUUGCGUCUCUUCUGGUAGCCCCUUUGCUGGUUGGGUAAAUGCAAUGGUUUCAUUGUCCCCCUUCCCCGGAUGAUUCAUGCAGCAAUCGGGACAUCGCCAGCAAGGAAACUUUAAAAGAAAAAGCCUGGAGGUGGAAGCGGUCGCUUGCAAAGGUGUUUCCAUUUUGCCAGUCUGAUACUAAUUGGACCACAGCUGAUCAAUCUUCAAUGGUAAUCACAUCAUGGUACCCGUUUCGCCACCUCCAAAACUGUACAAAUACCAACAACCCAGAAAUCCAAAAGUAUACGGAUUAAACAGAUUAUGUAUUCUCCAAGACCUGCUCCAAAUUCCACCAAGAAAAGCUCCCGAAGAAAACUUAACAAGAUAACAUAACAGAUGAUGAAUGCUCAAUGUUUAAACACGUGCUAGCAGCAGUGACAUAAGGCCUGCUCAGUUUCAAGAUCUAUAAUUGGGAGGGUACAACGAGGACAGUGAAGAUAUAAAAUAAAAGUAGUCUUCCAGAAUGGAAUAUAAAAGAAAUAUAUUUA